AUGCCCAACUCUAGCCCGGACCUUUCUCCCACCUCGGCGGGUCGUAUGGAUGAAUCACGGUCACCGGCUCGAACUGACUUCACCGACGCACAACUGAAGCCAGCUCCUCUACGAUUGACUAGGAAGAGCAACUCGAGCAGCGGCCAAAGUGACAACAGCCUAUCUCCAAGUAACUCAUCGGCCACCUCAGGAAGAACUCCCAACGGUGCCAAACGAGACAACAAGGAGAGCCUCAACACCAUCAUCCACAGAGCUGCAACUCCCUCCACCUUCCGAACAGCUCCCAGCCAAACCUCCCCCAAGCUCGCCUCUCUGGUGUCCAAGUUCGAGAUACUAGAUGUCAUGGGUAAUGCUGGCGCCGGAGCCUUGAGGCUUCCAUCUCCAGAAAAGAGCCAAAGGCCACCCAGGGUCCCAACGCCAACACCAGAUGAAGCAGAGUUACGGCGUGCUACCAAACGCCAAAGCCAGCAUCUGACCAAAAACUGGUCCAGUCAGAAACACGUUCAGAUCUCCCUGCCCAGGUCGUCCCAGGCCCCACGAGGAGCUCGCUCCCAGGGAGUGGCUUCCGAUGCCGAAGUUCCCAUUGCCAGCAAACCUAAACAUUGGGAUCCCAGCGGGGUUGCCGAGAGACGAAAGCUCUUCGAGUCGGGCAGCACCGGUAUGUUACCGCCCCGCGAACUCUUCCCAGGUGCCACCACAAUUGUCACACAUACGGUGGCUCGUGUUCCUUCACAGGGCGAGCAAAAGAGACAGGAUUCUGAGAUUGUCAAGUCUGACCAGUCUUCCACGUUCUCGGCGCGGCGACCUAUUACUGCUCAAGUCUCGGCUCCCGCUCUAUCAUCUCAACCGUCGGCAACAGAAGAGGUCGGACCAGGGAGAGAGAGAAGGAAGAGUGUUGCUGCUCUUCGAAUGUCUUUUGAGCGCUCACCUCUGCCCGAUCUUCGUCCAGAGACGCCAAGCUCUGCCCAUCGGCCGUUCCGUCGAUCGCUCCUUCAAGGUCUAUCAACCGCCACCGAAGUCCCAACACCGGUCACACCUAGGCGGGGACCAAAGGAUCCCAUUACACCAACGCGGGUCAGAAGUCUUCGUUCUUCAGAGGUCUUUGCUCAGACGUAUCCUCGCCUGGGACAGGCAACAACCCAUCCUAUCCAUGGAGCCGACAGCAACGCCGCAUUGAGGCUGAAGCAAACACAGCUUCACAACACAGCUUCUCGCGUUGUUGGUGCGCAUGACGGCAAUGUUUCUGAUGCCGACGUGGACCUGCGAAGACCCGUCAACCGAAAGAACAGCGACACCCCAACCAGGACAUCAGGGCGAACUUCCACCCGUCGCCCCAGCUCCCAUCACCUUUUGCUCCUUUCACGCACACUCUCCGUCAAAAUCACCACGGGCCCCCAAGCUCUGGUGACCCUUCAACAGCCGUGGGCAAACUCUUCUGGGUCUCUACCCCUUACUACAUCCUAUAGUCACGGCUAUCUGGACCAGCAAAAGUCCAAGUCAGGCGGUUCCAGUGACUCAUCAGCGUCAGCACCACUUGCCCCUGCCAACAGAGUCAAGGAUCUACAAAAGGUGUUUGACAAUAACCCCUCGGCUGCAGGUUCAGCGCCGUUCCUUCCCUUCAUCCAAAAGCGCAGGGCGCAGACCUUGACCCUGGGGGUUCCCGCCAAGUCCAGUCCCAGUGCGCCCAUGAUGGUAUCAACUACCGUUGCGGUGACAACCCGAAAGGCAUCUCGUCGCUCCUCACAGCAACAACAGCAGCAGGAGAGCUCGGACGUGAUUCCCGAGACCGCUAGCUCAACUGCCUCGAGUGUGGUCCGAACACGCAAACGAAGCAAGACGCUGCCAUCGUCACUCGGCGGGUAUCGGCCUAAGUCCUCGGGCCCAGCUGCUGGCACUGGGUCUUUGGGCUAUACCAGCUACUUCCAGCGUAGGAAGAUCAAGAAGCAGCAGAAGCAGAACAUGAAGAGACUCGCGGCCGAAGAAGAUUCACCUGUCAAGGAGCGUAUCAGCCUCUUCGAGCAGCUCGGCGGUGGCAGCAGCCACGGUCACUCAAGGAACGGUGGAAAUGGAUGUGGCAGCAUAGUGAGCCUGCCACUGUCGAUGCACAGCAAACGGAAGUCGUCGGAGCCCACCAGUUCGUCUGAAUCUCGCUGUGAUCGUUCGUCUCAAGAUACCGAUCAGGUCCGCUUUUGUAGGAAGGGUCGCGAAAGUUCGUCUUCGGGUAGCAGGGUGAUGAGGGUAUUGUCUUUCGGUACGAGCGGCAAUGGCAACGGCAACCGCAGCAGUAGAAAUGGUAAGGUGCUUCGGGCGGCGGGGCGGAAGAUCAGUAAUGCCGUGUCCAUGUCAAUGUCGAUGUCCAAGAGAAAGAAUAGCGGAAGCGGAGACGGCGGUGAGGGGAAGGGGAAGGGCAAGCUGAAAGAGAGUAAUGGAACCAAGGCGCAACCACUUGUCUUGAGCUCAACGAACAAGGAGACGGGCGAGUCAACGUUCUUCGUGAAAGGCGUGUUGUGGAAGGUAUCGGGCUCGCACGGGGAUCUUGAUCUCGAUGUUGCGGUGGAAGAGGGCCAGCGUAGUCCAGAGGAAGAGGGUCGCAAACGCAAGGAAUCGACCACCGAAACAACCACGACGUCGUUUCCGAGCACGCGACCAUCGGCUUCUGCAUCCGGAUCCGGAGAAGGAUCGUCAGGGUCGGCCGGGGCUGUUGCUCGGCACCCAGUCUUGCAGCAUUGGCCUCAAUUGGACAGGGUCAGUCGGACGGUGCCACACUAUGACCGUAAAAGCUAUGGGUCUCUGUCGGCUGAGGAAGACAGCGUAGCCCCUGAAUGGUCUCGAGGCUUGGACGACGAUGACCCUUUUCUUCAACCGACUCGGCAGCCUCAAGUUGUCGGUGGCGGCAGCAGCGGCAACAAGAUCAAGAAGAGCGCGACGGCCCCGAACGACGUCGGCGGCAGCAUCAUGCCCCUGAGCCAAAAGCGCGGUUUCCUCCCCACCCGAAGAUCUCAUGGAGAUGUUGUCGAGGCUGUCCGUGGCCCAUCCACUUCCCUGAGGAAGAGCUUCACCAUGGCUGUGUUGCCUCGGCUCUCAAGCGGAAACAGCAGCACUGAUGAUUAUAGCCAGGAUGCUGACGGGAAACCGAAGGCUAACAAGUUGACUAAGAAAGGAAAGGAAGUGAGAACAUCGUUCCCGCCUCGACAGUCCAGUAUUUCCUGGGGGCAGAGAGCAGCCGCCGCUGCGUAUGGUAUCGGCCAGAGGUUGAAGGAACGCAAGGGAAGCGGCCGAUCGUCAUCAUUGUUGGGGAAGGGUGGUGUCGAAGCUGGUACCAGUACCGGUGGAAACAGUAGUACCACUAGUGACGCCGCGGUCACUGUCGCUACGGCUGCCGUUCCCAUUCCCAUCAGUACUAUUACCACAGAGUCGCUGCAUCAUGACGAGUAG